AUGAGUGGACAAUUUAUAGAAACACUUUCAACAAAUUUUUUUCUUAUAGCUUCAGGUCCAUUUAAAUAUUCUUCAUCCAAUAUAAUAACAAUAUUAAUUCCACUACUUUUUUCAACGUCUCUUUAUUUGGUGAUAACAUCAGUUCCAAUAUCUUUUGUUUAUAGAUAUACAAUUAUUGUUGGUAAUAAAUUAUGGACCAUGAAAAUAUUUUAUCUUGCAAUAUUAAUAAACAUUGUUAUUGUUAUGCCUAUAAACGUUUUUGGUUAUCAAGCUUUUGUAACAGAAUCUCCAAAAUAUGAUUCUAAUCUUAUUUUACUUGAUAAAAGAAUUUGGUUUAAUAAAGAAAUAAAUAAAUAUAGAUUAUUUGUUAUGGCAAAUAAAAAAAAUAUAUAUUAUAAAUUAAUGAUAAGUUAUAUAUUUAUUGUAAUUUGUGCUGUCUAUAUAGUAAUUAUAUUUUCUUCUUAUGCAGUUAAAAGAAAGUUAAAAAAAGCUAGUAGAAUUAAUACAUGGAAUAGAAUACAAAAGUUAAAUAAUAUUAAUCAUCAAAUUAAUAAUAUACUAUUUAUCCAGGCAUUAAUACCAUUAAUAUUUAUUUUAAUACCAUAUUCUUUUUGGUUAAUAUGUAUUAUUUUAAAAGUUCGUUUUUUAAAUAUUUUUUCACCAUUAUUAUGGAUUCAUAUAUCAUGGAUACCAACAGUUGAAGCUAUUGCUACAAUAUUUCUUGUUAAAGAAUUUAGGAAAGGAAUAGCAAAAUUUUGGAAAAUAAAUAUUUACAGUGAAAUUACUAGAAUAUCAAGAUAA